AUGGAUAACCGUGAAAAUUUUGAUAAAUACAUUGUUGAAGAAUUAGGGUUAAAUCCUGCCAAGCCUGCCAAUUCUGAAGAGUUAGCUAGAACCAAAAAGGAACUUGAAGAACUUUUUCUUACCACUCAUUCAAAUGAUGUUCUACACAGUUUAAAAAAUUCAGAAAAUCAAGAACUCGACAUAAGUUCUGUGGAUGAAAAUAUUCUGAAUAAGUGUGUUGAUGAAAUAUCAAAUAAGUCGAGUUUAAAGGACUUUGAAGUGUUAAAAGGGAAUUUAUUUGAUGAAGGGCAUUCUUCUUGUUAUCAAAGUGAAGUGUCUCCAUUUGAUGAAAGUGACUUAAAAAAUGUGAAUGAUGUUGAAUUAGAAAGAGUUUUAAAGCAAAUUAAUCUUAAUGGUCAAACUAUUCCGGAUUUACAGGAUUUAGGAAGGGGUGUUUUAAGUGAAAAUAUUUGGAGGGACAAUUUAAAACAAGCAUUAAAGGAUGCUAAAAAAACUUUUAAGAAUUUGUAUGAAAAAAGCCGAGAUAAAAUAGACACAUCGGAUGAUUUGACUUUAGAUCAAUUGAGUGAUGAUGAAGAAACAAAAACCCUAAUUAAAGGUUUUAAAUAUAUAAAAUUUGUUAAAUCAGUUCAAGAGGGAAUAUGGCAAGAUGUUCUAACAAAAACAUUCUGUAAAUUGCGUUUCAAAAUUAAAGAAGUUCAAGAAUUUCAGAAGGCCUUCGAAGAAGUAGCGCUUUUCAUAAAGGCUGUCUGUAAAGAAAGUCCGUUAGUUGGCAUAAGGAUUUGUCUUACAUCUCAAAAAGCAGACUCUGGAAUAUUUUUAUCGUUUCGAGACCCUACACAAUAUUCUGGUGAAUUAAUUUUAACGCAGUUUUUGAAGGUCUCUCAAAGCAAUGAAGAAUAUUUAGCUUCACCAUUUCUGAGAUUAUACAUCGAUAAACUAUCUGAUUUAAGAGGAGGAGCGACUAUCGAUUUACAGAGUUUAUCUCAUGAUAAAAGCCGUGAUAUUAUUAGCAAACGGACACUGAUACCUACUGAACCUUUUCUAAAACCUGGUGAACAAAAGUGCUUUAUUCUAGCAGUAUGCAUGGGUAUCCUAAAAGCUCAUAAUGUGACACCCCCAAAAGGCUUCAGACAAAUGUCUAUAAAUAAGAUUAAAAUUUCAAAGUCCACUAAUCGUCCUCGUAAAACUCAAUUUAUGACAUAUUAUGAUUAUUUAACAAGGCUUUCAAACUUUAUAUCAAAAAAAGCGGAUGUGGACUUUAGCAUUUUUAAUAGUAAAAAUCAACCUGCAUUAAAGGAGUUCACAAAAAUUCAAAAUGUCCUUGAGAAUUUUACAUUGCCUUCUAAUAUUGGAUUAUCUAAUAUUUCUACAAAGCCUCAAUCCUAUAGAAUCAAAAUAUAUAAUUCGUUUAAAAAAGUAGUAUUUUAUGGAAAUGCUGAGAAAAGUGACUUACAGGAUGCCCAGAAUUUAAACCUCCUUUACAUAAACAAACAUUACAAUUUUAUUCAAAGUCUCCCAGGGACUUUCAGUAGAUCUUAUUUCUGUAAUCACUGUAAUAAGUCAAGUAAUAACAAUCACAAACACAAAAACUGCGCUUUUAGCUGUUCAUCAUGUUUUAAGUCACCGCCGUGUCUUCACAAGAAUCUAACGGAUAUAAAUGAAAUUUUUUGUGAGGAAUGCACACGCGUUUUCUUUUCUGAACAAUGUUACAAAAAUCAUCUUGAUAAUGAGAUAUGUAAAAAAAUAUCUUUUUGCAAGAAUUGUGGCGCUUUACAACAUAAAAAUCAUAAGUGUGGUAUGUUUAGAUGCUCUAAAUGUGAAACGGAUCGUGAAAUCGAACACACAUGUAAAAUUCCAGUCUUUGAGCCUAAAGCUCUUAGUCCUGAAGAGCAUCAUUUUGUUUUCUAUGAUUUGGAAGCAAGAACAGAAAUAUCUGAGAACAAGAAAGGUGAAAAGUUUGUUGUUAAUCUAUGUGUUUGUGAAAUAAUUUGCGAGGAGUGUAUAAAUGUCCAGGAAUCCAACUACAAUUGCAAGGUUUGUGGACCACGUCAACGCAUAUAUAGAGGCGAGAAUGCUGUAAAAGAUUUUCUAAAUUUUCUUAUUACGUUGGGACGUACAAAACGAAUAACAAUCCUGAGUCACUUUGGGAGUUGUUUUGACCAAUUAUUUGUUUUGAGAGAAAUUCUCAAGGCUCAUCGCGGAAAAAUGCCUCAAUUAACGGCAAAUGGGACAAAAUUAUAUUUGUUAAAAUUGGGGAACUUAAGAUUUAUAGACAGUUAUAACUUUAUGCCUGCCAAACUGAGUAAUUUGCCAAAAAUGUUUGGAUUUAGUGAGGAUGAAAAAGGAUUCUUUCCUCAUGGGUUUAACAAACUAGAAAAUGAAAACUACAUAGGUAAAUAUCCAGACGCUUCGUAUUAUGAGCCCUCUGCUAUGAAUGAAAAAGAGCGUGAAAAGUUUUACGAAUGGUAUAAUAGUGUUAAGCACUUAGAAUUCGAUUUUCAAUAUGAAUUGCAAAGAUAUUGUGAAAAUGAUGUAAAGUUACUUCGUAUAGCGUGUGUGAUAUUUACCCAACAAUUAAGAAUGGAAUGUGGGUUCGAUGUAUUCCAGUAUUGUACAACCAUAGCCAGUGUGGUGAGUCGUAUUUUUAGGAAAAUGUUCUACAAGCCUGACUCACUUACAAUUACACCUGAAUGUCAUCGACUGACUGACAACCAAUCCAUGAUUGCAAUUGUUUACUUACGAUAUAUGGAGAAACAAUUUAAUGUUACAAUAGACAGUGCAUUCCGCGGAAAAGAACGGAUUGUAAAAUGCAAGAAUAUGUCAAAAUAUAAAGUCGAUGGAUUGUUUGAAAAAGAUGGUCAAACACACGUGGUGGAAUUUCAAGGUUGCAUAUAUCAUGGUUGUGUUAAGUGUCAACCUAUAGAUAAAGCCGCAUAUUUACCUCACUUUACACAAAAUGAUACAUCCAAAUUCAACAGUAGUUUAAAUAUGUCAUUAAGAAGAGAAGAAACAGAGCGUAAAAUGAAUGCAUUACGUGAAAGUGGGUUCAUUGUCCAUGAAAUGAAUGAGUGUGAUUUUAAAAGACUUUUAAAGGAGGAUCCAGAACUUGAAAGAGAACUGAGACAAGACAUUUCAGAACCUCCUCUUAGAACAAGAGAUUCUUUUUUUGGAGGAUCAGUGGAUUGUAUUGUUACGCACAAAGUUGCAGAUUCAAAUGAGACCAUUCAGUAUUUAGACUACACAAGAUACUGUCUACUUCCUUCAGAUGCACCGAAGAGGAUUUUAAUCGGAAAUAAUGAGUGCUCUAAAGUUAAUUUGCACAAAUUCGAUGGAUUUAUUCGAUGUCAGAUCCUACCACCAAAAUCACUACUUUUUCCAGUGUUGCCAUGUCGAAUCAAUUCGAAACUAAUGUUUGUUUUAUGCCAUAAAUGUGCAGUUAAUGAGAGUUCUUCAGAUUGUACCCACAGUGAUGAUGAACGAGGAUGGACAGGAGUAUUCGUGAGUGUUGAAUUAAAACAUGCUCUAGAACUUGGCUACAAAGUGGUGUACAUUCAUGAAAUUCAUGAGUAUGAAUUGCGAGCAGACAUGUUCACGGGCUUCAUCAGACAUUUUUAUGUUAAAAAAAUUCUAGCUUCAGGAAAGCCUGCAAAUUUUGAAAAAUUUAAAGAAGAAUUUUAUCGACGUGAAGGAAUUAUGUUAAAUGAAGAUGAAUUUGAAGAUAAUCCAGCAAAGCGAUCACUGGCUAAGCUUAUGCUAAAUAGCCUUUGGGGGAAGUGGGCUCAAAAAAAUCACCCACACUGUAGAUUAAUUGAAGAUCCUCAAGAACUAUUCUUAAUGAUUAAUAAUCCUCAAAUUGAUAUAAAGAGUUCUUACAUAGUUAAUCCAGAAAUCCUCCUUGUAACAUAUGAUGAUUCAAGUGACACUUCAGUUUUAAAUACUACAUCAUUAGCCUGUGCAUCCUUUGUAACUGCAUAUGGCAGGGAUCGAUUGCAUAGGCAACUGCAGCCAUUAGGGGCUAAAAUUUUGUAUUACGACACGGAUUCCGUCGUGUGUUGCGCAACUAAAGGAAGUAAUGAGAUUGCACAAGGAGAACAACUUGGCGAUCUUAAAAAUGAACUCUUGGAGUAUGGUGAAAAUGCAUAUAUAACGGAAUUCGUUGGCACUGGGCCUAAGAGUUAUGCAAUGAAGAUUGUUAACCCCGACACAGGAAAGAUUACAGAAGUUUGUAAAGUUAAAGGCAUUACUCUCAACCAUAAAACAUCGCAGUCCAUUAACUUCACAAGUAUAUUUCAACACGCAACUUGUGAAAAAAUCGAACCAAUAAAGAUAAGCAACAAGAUGUUUGUUCGUACACGUGAUGCUGAAGUCUACUUAACUGAUCAUGAGAAGACGUUUCGUGCUGUAUUAAAGAAACGGCGUAGAAUUGGCAAUCGGACAGUCCCAUAUGGCUAUACUUCAAAUAAUUCAUGCGGUGUGGCAAACAUUGAUAUUUUAAACAAUGUCAACAAGAAAAUUUUGAGACAAACUGUAAGACCAACUGAUCUUCUCCUCAAUACCCAUUAUUCAGCUGAGACAAUUCGGAAAGUUCACACCAAUUACGGAGAUGUCUAUUUACUUGAAUCUGAGGAUUUCAUUAUGUUCAUGCCAAAACGCUAUAGUGGUGUUGAAAUUGAGGAGUUUGUAAAAAAUCGGCAUUUUAUGAUUAGUGGAUUUGCAGGGUUUGGCCGUCAUCGUACACCUAUUUUAAACUUUUUGUUAAAGGAUGAGGCACAAGCAUCAGCUUCAAUCACUCAACAGAAUGCUGAAAAUAAUAAAAUGUAA